AUGACUUCUAGUCUCCCUGCACUCCCCUUUGAGAUAUGGGGCUGUAUCGGAUCAUAUCUAACCAACGCCGACAUAAAGUCUUUCCGUCUAGCAUGUAGCCAAUUCAAUAAUGCUGUGUAUCUCCGCCUCGAUCAUGUUUUCUUAUCCGCCAACCCACUCAACAUUGUGGUCUUUCGCAGCAUUGCAUCGCACGAAAAGUUCCGCCACAGAGUGACUGAAAUCAUCUGGGACGAGGCGCGCUUGCCAACAGGCCCACGGCGAACAACGGACCUAGGCGAGGGGCAUGAAUUGCUCUCAGACGAGGAUGAGCCCGACAACGCGAGGGAGUGGGCCAAAGGCUACGGCAUCUAUGCUAGAGAGAAAAUCAUCGAGCGACAUCAAGACAAAGAGAAGGAUGGGUGUCCUAAAUGGUUUAAAGACGCUUGCGAGGAAAACUUCCGCUAUAUUAUAUCGCGGAAAUCCCGUGAUGUGGAUAGGCCCGACUAUGUCGCACAAAGAGAACAGGUCCUCGCUCGGCCUGCGCUAAUCGAGUGCUGGCAACACUAUCAGCAUCUACUACGUCAGCAGAAGGACGUUCUCGCCGGUACUAGUGACCAAGAAGCGUUCUUCAUACCAGGACCUGCUACUGCGUAUGAGUGGAAUGAACACCCCGAGCUUAGAGAAAGGUACCGCGGGUUCCGCACUGUAAUGCGUGUACUCGCCAACGCUAACGAACCUAACUCUAUUUCGGAGCUAGUAAUGACUUCCAACCUUGUCCCUACAGGGAUCAACUGUAUGAUCUUUGCCAAGCCCUGCGAAGAAUACGAUAAUUUCGCUACAGCGCUGAGAACCCCAGGCCUUCGCCGUUUAGAUAUUUCCUUGCUUAUCGGUUGCUGUCACAAGGAGGAUAUUGAGGAUUGCUGGCCAUCUCUCCUAAAUGGACGGCUGCGCCGUGCACUUGGUGAAGCAAGAGAACUAGAGGAGUUCAGGCUUCAUACAACACUUAUCAAUGAUCCCUAUGACGAUGACGACGGGGACGGAUUACCGUCCCAAAUCCCAUUACAGAGCAUUAUGCCUGUAGAAAAAUGGCCAAAUCUACACCACUUCGAACUCUCCGGCUUUCUUGUCUCACGAUAUGAUAUCGUCUCCUUUCUCGCUGCCCUGCCAAAACCUAUCCGCUCUAUUGAGCUCAGUAUGCUGGGAUUCCUUGAUGAGGACGGCGGAGGCUGGUAUAGUGCGCUAGAAGAUAUUCGCCAAAGUAUACGGGAGAACGUCCUAUGGGAAGAACGAGACGUCACCUCAAGACCCAAGCUUACAAUCGGAUUGCCGCUUGUCAAUGACGAGAUUGGGCGAAAUAUUUGGAUUGAGAAGGAGGUAUCUGAGUUCCUCUACGGCGAGGGGGAAAAUCCUUUCGCACAAAGUUGUCGUUGUAAUGUUCUAUUUGGAGUUGGUACCCAGAAGGAUUCAUUUGAUCCGAAUUUUGAACGUCCAUAUGUGAACAUCUUCGAUCUGAUUAAGUUGAACAUUUGCAAGGAUCAUGAUGACCCCUACGAAUUCUGA